AUGGUGAAGGUCAUUGGCAUUACCAUGAAGACGCUCUGGGCCAUCGGAGAAUUCUCGGCUCGUGAGGGGGACACGGGUCAAGGUGCUUUCGCAAAGGCUCUGGGUGACGCAGUUCGCAGCUGCUAUCCUGGUUUCCGAGCCCUCAAUAUCGAUGGCAUCACUCAAAAGGUUGCGGCUGGGGUGGGACAGCAACUGAUGCGGAUCCAUCCGCACCUGGCCAUCGCCAGCGGCUUCGGCUCCUCUCGGCGCUUGGCGGACGUGGAGCCCGUGGAGCCCUGCCUCACUGGAAAAGACGCCCAGCGCGACGUCUUCGUGGAGCGGAUCACCACCGCGGUCAACGAGGCGGUGGAGGAAGCGCGACGGAGGAGUUGGCAGAUCUUAGAGCACGAUGCGCGGCCCUGCCAACGCUCCUGCCACGAGAGCGUGCUGAAACAUACCGUGGAGACGCUCUGGGACUCAGGACACGACCAGGUGGUCCCCAAAGGACUCCUCUCCUUGGGGAAUUCGGAUGCCUUGGCGCUCACAGCGCUUCAGGGUGCCAUCUCGUCUUGCUUCGCCAAGCUGCCAGAACAGGAAGCUGCAGAGCUAGCGGGGGAGGCGCUGGUGCGUUUCCAACAUCCCAUGGCCAUGAAACCGGCGGGGUCGAUGGGGUCGAUGGCUGUGGCUCCUGUGCCGGAGCCGGUGCCAUGGCAGAACCAGGAGAUCUAUUUGAUCUGGAGGCUGAUCCACAUGGCUAGCUGGGCUGGCUGGGCAUCCAUUCCGAAAAUCAUCGGCCUCCUCUUCCUCCAAAGAUUGAAACCCUUGAGUGCCUGUCCUGAAAGUGACCCUUGCUUUCGCUGCUUCGGAGUGAUUUUCCAAAAGCAGGUGGCUGAUGGCUGGGUCUCAGACUUUCCGCCCGAGUGUCGAGCUCCGGAAACGCUGCCGCAGGGCCUGCCACGAAUGCCCUCGGGGCCCCCGGAAGCCUAUGGCGCGCGCUUUCGCUGCACCUGUUGUCAACAGGAAGUCUUCGAAUCGCAGCUGGAGUACCAUGCUUCCUUCUGCCUGCCCGAGCCCGAGCCGCCAGCACCAGUGCCUUUGUCGCUGGGGCCCUCGGCCUGGCUGGCGCAGCUGCCGCGGCCGGCGGUGCCGGGGCGUAUCGAGGCGCCACGGAAGAGGUCGGACAGUGGUCGCGAGAGCGACUUGUGUAGCUGGCCGGAAGAGGAACUCUUGCUGAACGCAUCUUCGGAGUGGGAGCAAAUUGACUUGGCCAAGAGCCCUCGCAUUUCGCGGGCGCCAAGCGAGGAGAGACGAUGGUGGCGAUGGGAGGACAGUGAGAUCCAAAUCCACCAUGCUCAGGCAGAUGAACGCAUCGCCAAGAAGCGCCAGGAGCUGCUAGAAGAGAUGAAGCGACGGGAGGAAGAGCAAUGUACCUUUACCCCACGCUUGAUCGCACGGAGGUCCAAAAGCUGCGGACGCAUGGAGCAGGGGAGACCUCCUCCAGACCUUGCAUCGCCUUGCAGCGGUCGAUGGCAGGACUGGCUGGACCAACAGCUGGAAAGCCGGAAGAGCAAAUUGGAAUCCGUGGAGCUGGAAAUGUAUCGCGAUGUGACGCACCAGCCGCAGAUCACACGAAGGUCUCGGAGGUUGGCGAAAGAACGUGAGGCGGAAACCAUGAGCGUUUUCGAUCGACUCUAUCACGUGGCAAGGGAACGUUCGAAAGCCAGGAAGGAAUUAGAGGCGCAGAAAACCAUGGGGCAUUUUGCGGCAGUGGAUUGCGGAGACCCCGAAGUUGAGAAGUCCCAGGGCACGCGGACAGGAGCUCCCAGGGCCCGGAGAGGUGUUUCCCCAAUUUCCAACGUCGACUUUGGUCGAGCUGUUCCCCAUGUUCGCAUCGCCGCGAAAAGCUACCUUUGGGGCUCGGUGCAGCAAGAACUUCGCUGCGACCGUCGUCGCGUCUCGUCGCAUCGCAUGAAAGCUUUCUCGGAGGGCGGUCAGCGGCGCAUGCGGCUCAAUGUCGUGGCACAUUUGAGCAAUCAGGUGGCUGCCCGAUUUCUGGUGGUGGUCGACGAAGAUGAUCGAAUCGAGACGUUGUAUACCAAGGUGCACCAGAGCUUACAGCGCAGUGGCGUCUAUGGGACUAUCGCCGAGGUGAGAAACAGCUUCCAGGCGAUGGUGCCCAUCGACUACGCCUUGGGCGACAUCUUCCGCGAUGGCGAAGAAGUGGUCGUGAUCCUACGGGGAGAAGAUGGCCAGCUGUUUCAGGAACGCGUGCGCGAGGUCCAGGGCACGGUCCCAACGGCCCUGCGUCGUGGCGAGCGGGUGGCCGACUCCAGCCCUUCACGGAGGCUGGCCAUGUCCGCCCGUUCCAUGGCCUCCGAAGGCUCCAUGCGGCUACCGUCCCGCCCCGAGCCGGAGCUGUCGAGUCGCGAGCCGCGUCAGCCGGGAAGGAUGAUCCCGGUGACUGCGCACGUCACUUUGCCCAGGGGCUUGCGACCAGACGAUGACUCGGAGGAGGAGGAUGACUGUCCACUGGCACCGGCGGAAGACGCGCCACUGGAGGACUAUCCACCCUUGCCACGGCCGCCAGAGCGGCCGGGCAUGGAAGCGGUGCCGGGCCCUGUGGAGCAAUUGGAGAUGGAACAGAUGCCUUAUCAGGCCAUGAAGGUGGAUCACCCGUGCGAGCCUGUGCAGCUCAACUGCUAUGACGACGACUGGUUGGUGGAGCAUCUCACCCCCAGGCUGAGGGAUUUCAUCAUGCAACGUUUCCAACCGGACUUGGUCACGGAGCCCAAAUACGUGGCUUCCAUCGGAAAGUACGUGGGCGCCAAAUUUCUGCAGAGCUCGGGUGCCUUCGUCUCGGUCUUCAUGCGACCGCAGACGGCGCUCAGAAGUGACCCCGGCGCCACCCUGCCAGUGCACUACAACAUCCCAAAGUCGGAGCUGAACAUGUUCCAGCGCAAGGUGGAGAGCCACAUCGAGGAGUUGCUGCAGCACCAGGAGCUGAUCCACGCCUCGCUGCGGGCGCUGCAGCAGCUCCUGGCCAAGGGCAUGGCGGAGAGUGACGUGGUUAAUGUGAUGAUGCCCGUGGACUAUCACGCCUUUCAAGAGGUGGAAGGUGCCAUGAUUGAAGCUGAUCAGCCCCUGUUGCCUGUGGCGGAUGGACGCCGAGCGGUGGUGAUCAUCGACACGUCUGCAGCUGUGGCGGAGCAUUUGUUUUACGUCAAGGCUGGAGUGAAGCGAGCGCUACACGUCCAUAUGCCAAAGAAGGAGAGCUUUCAGAUGAUCCGCUUCGACCAGCGGGGCGAAGCGCGCUUGUGGGCACAAGAUAUGAUGGCUCCCACGGAGAUGGCCCUGCAAAAAGCGGAGGAUUGGGUUGAUCAGUUGGUCCCUGUCGAAAGGUCCAACUUGGUCGAGGCUGUUCGCUUUGCCUUGUCCUUCAGAUGCGAUGAGAUCUACAUCAUUUCCAGCGCAUCGUUCCGACAGAUCGACCAUGAAAAGAUCCUGGCGACCGUUCGCUUCCUCAACAAGCGUGAGGCAGCCAUUCACGCCAUAGGUGUUGAACCUGACGCCCAUGGUGAGCUGCUGCUUAGGAAUAUCUCGGAGGGCAAUCAUGGGGACUUCACCCUCAAGUCCUUCCGCGACCAAGGUAUUGGGACGGCCAUUCCAGGUCAGGAUAGCAAAUGGACAAGUUGGCGAACGAUCCUGGUGAACCAGAAGGCUCAAGAGAUGUCUAACAGCUUCAAGCAGCAGACCAUGACCAUCGGCAGUCAGAUCCGGGUCCUGGAAGUGCUGCUGCGAGAGGAAGGGAAGUUCGAAACAGCCUGGCGAGAGGAAAAGACCUGUGUGGUGAGACUCCUGUCGAAGGUACAGGAGAACCCUGAUCGCGACAUGGUGAAGGAAUUGGAACGGAGAACCACGCAGACGGUGUCUGCACGUGUGGGUGGCGGCUUUUUAUACCACGCACAACAGGUGGAGCUGGGAAUGGAGAAGCUCUUCGAACACAAAUCGUCCGCACCCUGGAGCGCGCAAAGUGACUGCACCGUGGCCAUUGGACCCAAGGUGCCGCGCCCAGAUGUGGAGCCGCGCCGCGCCAAGUUCCCGCCCUCCUCCGACGAGCUGCCCCUGGCGCCCGAGGAGAUGCCUCAGCCUCCGGACUACCCCAAGGCACCGCCGCCUUGUCCCGACUAUGUGCCGCCGAAAGAGCGCAGGUGCCCACCGUGUCGACUGCGAAGAGCUACAGGGUCUCACUCGAGAUCGGGGCUAUUCAAGGACACAGGGGUGCCCUGCCCCGACUUUGUGGAAGAACCACGCAGAAAAUAUGGGGCUGGGAAUCCGAGGAAUCCAUGGGCAGAGCGGAACUUGAGGCUGGCCUUGGCGUAUGCCAACAAGCGGUCGCCCAAAUGUCCCAGGCGGAGGAGCGAACCACGCUUGAAGCGCGGGCAUUCCCUUCAAAGCAAGACGGUGUCAGCCAGAGUUGGCGGUGGUUUCAUAUAUCAAACGCAGGUCCGCGUUCCACGGCCAAGCUCCGGGCGGGAACCCCCGCCCGUGACGGUGGAGGUUGACUUGCCACGGCGGCGACCACCAAACGUCGCCGUCGCUUGCGUCACUGCACCUCCCUCGCCGUUGCCCAGGCGAUGGUCCUUUUGA